AUGGUGUUAGAAAAUGCCGGCGCGGCGGCAGCAUUUGGCAAUGGCCAAGGAGUUGAAUUUCAACUGGAGUUGAUCGUCGGCCAGGCAGAUGAGCUGGAGGAGAUUGAAGGGCCGCUACCGCCGCUCCCAGAUGAUCAGGCCCUAGGUGCGCAUAGACAGGAUGCCGACGAAGUACUACAAGAGCUUCCAGUACUACUACCUCCCGACGUCCUGCGAGAAAGGCCUGGCGAACAGGCCCCGGCAGAUGAAAUUCAGGCGGCAGGAGCAGGAGCCGAAAACCGGGUGGCGACGCCCUUUUCAGACAUCGUGACCAACAAGCACUACCCCGUGCAUGGGUUGUACGACCGCCGCUAA